AUGCAGAAAUCCAGACCUCCCCCUCCUCCACCAAAGCCCAAAUCCCUCUCAUCUAACCUGGCAUCAUCUAACGCCAAUUCACGGAGCCGCAAGCGUGGCCUAGGAUGGCCCUGGGACCAACCCAGCACGCACUUCGCCCUGUACCAAUCCCACGCCGCCUCGGGCAAAAUCUCCUGGAUCUUCAACUGGGAAUGCUGGAUCCCCGACUCGGUGCCGGCGGAGCUGGAAUGGAUCCCCUGCGUGCGCACCGCAGCCAACGCGAGAGACCAACUCGACCCGUUCUUGACGGACAUCAUCCAAAACCGAAGAAUCAAGACCACCGCGUUGCUGGGGUUCAACGAACCGGAGAUUCUAGAUCAAGCCAAUCUGUCCGCUGAGGAAGCGGCCAAGCUGUGGACGGACGUGGUCUUGCCCGCGAAGAGGAAAUUCAACCUGAGGCUGGGUAGCCCCGGCAUGAGCAGUGAUGUGAGCAGGAGUAAACCGUGGUUGAACUCUUUCCUUUCCCUCUUGGACGGGAAACACGAGAUUGAUUUUCUGGUGGUGCAUUGGUACGGGCUGCAUUUCGCGGAUAUGAGGGCCUUCUUGGAGGACAUUCACGCCACGUACGGGUUGCCCUUGUGGGUGAACGAAUUUGCAUGCUCCAGGAUGGGGAACGGAGACGCAGGCAUCGAGGAGGUCGAGGCUUUCAUGAGAGAGGCGGUGCCGUGGUUAGAAGGAUGCGAAUGGGUUGAGAAGUAUGCGUACUUUGGCAACAAAGAUGUUGGUGCUUGGGUUGGGAAAGCAAGCAAUUUUACUGAAGAGGCUGCCGAAGCUACAGAGACAGAUGGGAGACGGCUAACAAGAGUGGGAAGACUCUAUUGCACUCUUUGA